UUCAUAACACAAAUGUUUUAUGUGUUUAACGUUUUAAUCAUAUAUUUUCAAAGAAAUAUUAAAUCAAACACACCGCCGUUGUUAUAAGUAACAUCUAUUUCGUUUGGAUUCUGUUUAAUUGGAGAAUUUUCCAAGAAAUACAAAUUGUUGAUAUGGAUUGUGCAAAAAGAAUUGUUAACAUUUAUGAUGAUGAAGAUGAUGAAAAGGUUGAUUCACAGAAUCUCAAAGUUUGUAGCUUUCAUUCUCAAACUUCAAAUCAGAAGUUCUUAAAACAAAAUAAAAUAUUGGAUGAUGAUAAUCUUACUGACAAAAUGAAUUCACUUGAAUCAAAUGAGGAAAAUUUGUUAAUUGAUGAGAGCCAAAUUAAAAAUGAUGAUAAAACUAAACAUGAAGGUGCUGAGUUAAUGUUGCACAGAAUGGUAGAAAAUGAAAAAGUUGGAGAUGAUUUUAUUCAAUGUUCUACAGCUGCAAUAUUUAAUAAUCAUCAUAUCUUACCAUCAACACAUUCAGAGACUACAGUACUUACUUCAGUGUUUUGUAGUACACCAGUUAUUACUGUCGGAGAAUCCAAGCCAUCAGAAUUGAUACUGUGCAAGUCAGAUGAUGAUUCAAUUAUUUUAAGUUCAUCCAAUCAAAAUGCAAUAUUAAUACCAAGUUAUUAUGACAAUGAACAUCUCGUUCAUAUUAACACAGGCAAUAUCUCACUUUAUCAACAUACUCCUGUUUCAACAUUGUACAGUCAUCUACCAAAGGUACACUUAUGUCAGUGGAUGGAUUGUGAUGAACAGUUUUUAAGGAUUGAAGAACUGGUAGAUCAUUUAAACAACAAACAUGUACCAACUCAUAAAGAGGCAAGGGAAUAUUUAUGUCAUUGGAAAGAUUGUGUUAGGCAAGGAAAAGGUUUUAAUGCAAGAUAUAAAUUACUGAUACAUUUAAGGACACAUACUGGAGAACGACCACAUGUUUGUCAUUAUGAAGAUUGUGACAAAAGAUUUUCUCGUUUAGAAAAUCUCAAGAUCCACUAUAGAACGCAUACUGGUGAGAAACCAUAUGUAUGCCCUUUUGAAGGAUGUAAUAAGCGUUAUUCAAACUCAAGUGAUAGAUUUAAACACACAAGAACACACAUGGAAAGCAAACCAUAUCAUUGUAAGAUUGAAGGAUGUUUUAAACAGUACACUGAUCCGAGUUCUUUACGGAAGCAUUUAAAGGCACACAAAUGACAAUGAAAAUAAAAAUUUGAAUAAAACUCUGCUUACAAGUAUAAUCUUUGGGCCAUUAUUUUGAUAGUCUAAUAAAUAACAUUUUUUACACGAAACAUAUUGUGAAUAAUUAUGAACAAGUGCUUUAUAAUAAUUAUAAUUUACAAUAAACAAGUGAAAAUA